AUGCGCGCCACUAUUUGCACUCUUGCAGCCCUAUGGGGAGCAACGGCGGCGUCCACUCUGCCGCCGAGGUCGUACUUCUUCCCAGCAGGACAGGUCAACGGGACAUCGUCGUCAGAUACUGAGGUGGGGCUGACAGCAUUGGACGGGCCUCAUAUCACCGUUGCCAAUGGCUCUGCCUACAGCGGGUGGUAUUUUAAUGCUGUCUCAGAAGACGCAACGGCCGCUGUCCUUGCGACAUUCGCUCUGGGCUAUUCUAAAGAAGCCCACGGUAUACUUCUGACCAUUGCCUUGCCCAAUGGGACUACUUAUGAGAACAACGUGCCUGCGGGUGCUUUACACAUGCGAACCGUCGGCGAUGGGUCUCGGGGCUAUGUAGAAGGCGGAGGGAUGAGCUGGUUCGCUGCACCUGAUCUGAGUGCAUAUAAUUUGAUGCUCGACUUGCCCGCGGUUGGUAUCUCGGGCAGCAUCACGAUGCGCUCUCGUGCACCGGCCCAUGUCGCCUGUGGGCUCAACAGUCCGGGUGCAUCUCUUCGAUGGACUUCUACCUUGGGCUAUUGUAAUCCAGUGCCUGAUGCCGACGUCUCUGCCACGCUUCUCAUCAAUGGUAGCCGUCUUUCGUUUCAGGGAUCCGGAUAUCAUGACCAGCUUUGGGGUUUGACCCCCUUUGCGAACCAUCUGACGCAGUUUUAUUGGGGGCGCUCAAGCGGCGACAGAUACUCUGUCGUGUUUGGAUACCACAUCGACGAGGCGUCCAAUGUCGUCCCCUUUGCCUAUAUCUCUGAGUAUGGAAAGGCCAUAGUUUCUCGGUGUGGGAUUGUUGAAGUCACUCCCCAGGGACCUGGCACCUCGGUGCCUUUGGAACCUGGCACUGAUGUGGAAAGCUGGGCCGUUCGUAUUCAGGACCCUGAACAUGGCGAAUUCGCAUUCACCUUUUGGAGGGUCGCCACUAUCAGUCUGGGAAAGUAUACGUGGGACCGAUGGCUGGUUCGCACUGUGGGAGGUCCUGUUGGAGGAAUCAAUGACACGGGGACAGGCAUUGUUGAAGUGAUGAGCGGGCCACGUCUGCUCCAGAUGGGGCAUCAACAUGGGUGA